UCCCUGCCUGAGCGGAGUGGAAGGGGGCUGGGGUUGGCUGGUGCCAGCAGCGGCGUGAGCGCUCGAGCGGCCGCCAUUUUACGCAGGCUCCUGCACAUUCUCCGGACACGCUGAGGGAGCGGAGAAGGGGCAGCUCCUUCACUGCGCCCCCACCACCCCCUCCGGAGCUCUUUCGCUCACCAUUCAUCACCCCCGCCGCUCGCCCACACAGAUAUCUGGAAACAUGGCUUCUGAACAUGUUAAUGGGAAUGGUACUGAAGAGCCCAUGGAUACUUCUGCUGCAGUUGCCCAUUCUGAGCAUUUCCAGACAUUGCUUGAUGCUGGUUUACCACAGAAAGUUGCUGAAAAACUAGAUGAAAUUUACGUUGCAGGACUAGGUGCUCACAGUGAUUUAGAUGAAAGAGCUAUUGAAGCUUUAAAGGAAUUUAAUGAAGAAGGUGCAUUGGCAGUGCUUCAACAAUUUAAAGACAGUGAUCUCUCUCAUGUUCAGAACAAAAGUGCCUUUUUAUGUGGCGUCAUGAAAACGUAUAGACAACGAGAAAAACAAGGGGCCAAAGUGCCAGAUACCGGCAAAGGACCAGAUGAGGCAAAAAUCAAGGCUCUUUUGGAGAGAACGGGUUAUACCCUUGAUGUGACAACUGGACAGAGGAAGUAUGGUGGUCCUCCACCAGAGUGUGUCUAUUCAGGACAACAACCUUCUGUUGGCACUGAGAUAUUUGUGGGUAAAAUUCCAAGGGACUUAUUUGAGGAUGAACUUGUUCCAUUAUUUGAAAAAGCUGGACCUAUUUGGGAUCUCCGCUUAAUGAUGGAUCCCCUGACAGGUCUAAACAGGGGAUAUGCUUUUGUCACUUUUUGUAACAAAGAGGCAGCUCAGGAAGCUGUUAAAUUGUAUAACAAUCAUGAAAUUCGUUCUGGGAAACACAUUGGAGUAUGUAUCUCUGUGGCCAAUAAUAGGCUCUUUGUUGGAUCUAUCCCUAAGAGUAAAACUAAGGAGCAAAUUGUAGAAGAAUUUAGCAAAGUAACAGAGGGUCUCACAGAUGUAAUAUUGUAUCACCAACCUGAUGACAAAAAAAAGAACAGAGGCUUUUGUUUCCUUGAAUAUGAGGAUCACAAAACAGCAGCUCAAGCCAGGCGUAGGUUAAUGAGUGGAAAAGUGAAAGUUUGGGGUAAUGUUGUUACAGUUGAAUGGGCUGACCCCAUAGAAGAUCCAGAUCCUGAAGUGAUGGCAAAGGUAAAAGUGUUAUUUGUACGGAAUCUUUCAAAUUCAGUCACAGAAGAAAUACUAGAAAAGGCUUUUAGUCAAUUUGGAAAACUGGAGAGGGUGAAAAAGCUAAAAGAUUAUGCUUUUAUUCAUUUUGAUGAGCGUGAUGGUGCUGUAAAGGCUAUGGAAGGAAUGAAUGGCAAAGAUUUAGAAGGAGAAAAUAUAGAAAUUGUGUUUGCAAAGCCACCAGAUCAGAAAAGGAAAGAACGGAAAGCACAGAGACAAGCUGCCAAAAAUCAAAUGUAUGAUGAUUAUUACUACUAUGGCCCUCCUCAUAUGCCCCCACCAACAAGAGGUAGAGGUCGAGGAGGAAGAGGUGGCUAUGGAUAUCCUCCUGACUACUACGGAUAUGAAGAUUAUUAUGAUUAUUAUGGCUAUGACUACCAUAACUAUCGUGGUGGAUAUGAAGAUCCUUACUAUGGUUAUGAAGAUUUUCAAGUUGGAGCUAGAGGAAGGGGUGGUAGAGGAGCAAGGGGUGCUGCUCUUUCCAGAGGUCGCGGGGCUGCUCCUCCCCGUGGCAGAUCCGGUUAUGCACAAAGAGGUGGUCCUGGAUCAGCAAGAGGUGUUCGUGGUGCGCGAGGAGGUCCCCAGCAACAAAGAGGCCGCGGGGUACGUGGUGCAAGGGGUGGCCGCGGUGGAAAUGUAGGAGGAAAGCGCAAAGCUGAUGGGUACAACCAGCCAGAUUCCAAGCGGCGCCAGACCAAUAAUCAGAACUGGGGCUCCCAACCCAUUGCUCAGCAACCGCUCCAAGGUGGUGAUCAUUCUGCAGGGAAAAGGGGUCGAGGCCGGUCCUGACCUGUUACAAUGAAGACUGACUUGCUAAGUGGGAUUACACCAGAAGCUUGCAGUGGAGUAAUGGUAAGGAAAUCAAGCAACCUUAAGUAUUUCGGCUGUAUAGGAGCAAAUUAUUUUGUAGAAGAUCCUUCGUGUGAAGAUCAUGGAAUCAAAUAUGGGACACUUGGACUUUGAUAUAAAUUUCUAUUAAGUUUUCUCUGCAGUGCAAAUUAUAAUUCUAAAGCUAAUAUUUUCCCAAUGUGUUCAACAAAAAUUAUCUAUAGCAUGGCCUCUUAAUAAAUGUUCUGUUCUUUAAAGAAAAAAAAAAGGAAAGACCUGUCUACUUAAAGUAGAAUUUGUUUUUAAAGUUGGAUCCCUGAAGUGGUAUUCUUUACUGCUCUGAACAUUUUAUUGCAGUGAUAUUAGCUGAAUACCAUCACUGGUAUCCUUAACUCUUAUUUCUGCUCAUCAAGGUUAAUCAUGGUUGUCUAUAUGGUAAUCACUUUGAAAUGUAUUCAGAUAACAGCGGUUUCAGGUGUAAUCAUCAAAGCUGGUUGGUCAGGCAUUCCAGAUAGUGGUUCUUUUCAGAACCUUUUUUUAAAGGGUUGGUUAACUACCUCAGUAGCAGAGGAUUGAACUAUACCCUAUCUGUACUGUACAUAGAAAAUCUUUGUAGAUAAAAUCAAGGCUUGUUUAAUUUUGACAAGAGGGUAAAAUAUAUAUACCAAAUGUAACAUUCUAAGUUGCCUUUAAUUUCAGAGGCUUUGUAAAAGAUUCCCUCCUGUCCAUCAUAACAGGCCUUGUUUUUGUCGUAUUUUGUGGCUGAAAAAGCAGCCUUGCUUCUUCAGAUAUUGUAGUUAUUUGGAUGUAUCAUAGUUUAGCAAGAUGUUACUUUUUGUAAAACAUCAAAUGUUAAAAAAAAGUGCAUCAGCAACUUGUACUAAAUACUGCAGUGUCCCUUUAUAAAAGGUCAGACUAAAACUGACAGCUGUACAGUGAAGCCUGACAUUUGGAUAUUUUGAAGUUUUUCAUAAAUCAUAGAAAAUAGUAUAUGGCUGUAGUUUAGCUUUUUAGGUAAAGGUAUGUUUUCUCAUUAGUGCAUUUCUUACUGCUGAUUGCUGUAAAAACAAGCAGAUCAGCUUUCCAUUUUCUCUUUAUGCAGAUCAUGAUAAUCUGUAGAGUAGAAUACAAUCAUUUGUGCUAUGUUUUAAUUUUCUAAAGCACCUUGAUGACAGUGAGUGUUAAGUGGUGAAGCAUCCUCUAUUGAAUCACUCUUCCAAAAAGUUCUAUCAAGUCCAACUAUGCAUAGGUAAGAUACACUAUGAUCUAAUACGGACUUCACAGAAAGAGCUUUUGUUACACCUUCCCCAAAGGGAUACUGCAGUUGUUACUUACCUGUAGGCACCACAAUAAGAUCUGAGACACCGAAUUAAGGUUUUAUACACACCAGUUCCCCAGUAAAUGAAAAAAUUUAAAAAAAAUAGAUGUCAUAUGUUAAAUUGCUCAUUGCAAACAAUCAUUUUGCAUUCCUGCAAAUAAAAUUGUUUUAUACUGUAAGCUGGAGGCAAGUGUAACUUAUUUUUGUAAUAAAGUUUUUAUUUUUUUUAUGUGUCAUUAAUAUAAAUGUGUGUUAGUGCAGAAAUCUUCUGGUUUAAAAACUCGUGCGCACACAUUUCAGUAUGUUUACUUGUAUUUACAUUUUUUAGAAUAGUCAUUUCCAGUAGUCUGUCUCUCACAUUAAUUGAAAUUUUUGUUAUAUUAAUAAACCAUUUUAGUAUAUUGUAUGUCAAUUACUGGGAUAGCUGGGACAUAAAGUGUAAUUUAAAAUUUGUCAAGUAUUCAUGGGAAUAUGUAAAUGUGCCUUGCUAGUUAAGAGAAAAGCUAAGUGGCUGAUGGUAAAAAGUCAUUGCUUAAUGAAACACCUAUUGCCACAGUUUCAUAUGCUAUGCUGCCCAUGGUAAAGUUCUACUUUCUAUAUUUGAAUAAGAAAUAUGAGUGUUGCAUCAGCUUCUAAAAUCUUAAACUUGAUAGGAUGAGGUUUAUGGAAUUUAGGUUUGCUAAAUAUAGCCUUAAAUUUUGAUUUCAUUGUAAUCCUUGGUAUUGGCAAUCCUAGUGCCAAGGAGGUUGAAAUGCUCCCUUCAAUGAGGUUGUAGUGCCAACUGGCAUCUUUACUGUCAUGGUUCAAUGAAGAGCACUGUCAAGGUGUUCAUGCCAAAUCUGACCUAAUUUUUUAUAGGAAUUUUAGAAAAAUGGAAAACAAUCCUAACUUGGAUCUUCCAAAUCCCUCCCAUUGCUGAAAAACAAACUUCUUAAAAGUUUUCAAGCAUGACUGAUUUUUUGGGGGGGGUGGGGGGAGGGGGAGUAAAUGAUUAUUCAUUCAGAACAAAUAUUGAUGCUGAUGAAAAUUUACAAUAAUAUGGAAGCUGAAAUUGUAAUCACAUGUCCGUAAGAGAAGGUGGGCUAUAGGAUAUAUGUCAAAAUGGACUGGAAUUUACUUAUCUGUAGAGUUUGUAAGCAAUGGUGAGUAAUAAGUAACAGAAUCUUGACAGUGUUCUCGAAUAAUUAUGAAUUCAAGCCAUUCUGACUUUUACAAUUAAACAUUAUUUGCACUGUU